AUGACCGCCUUCCUCGAGCGCACACAGAAGCUUCGCCAGCACCUUGAGGCGCUGAUCCGCCGUGACGCCGUAAGGAGCUCGUUGGCCGUGGACGAGCGAGCGCUGCGACGUCGCGUAAACGACUUCUACCUGCCCAUGUUCAGUUGGACGACGGAGGUUGUGGAGGCCGCGCAGAAGAAGCAGGGCGAUGCCAAGCGCUGCGUCUGCAUUGGCUUAAGCUGCCCACAAGGCGGCGGGAAGACCACGGCCUCCAUGUACAUGCAGGAGGCGCUGGCGCUUAUGGGCAAGAAAUGCGCCGUCAUGUCACUGGACGACGUGUACUGGAAAUACGAGCAGCAGGUAGCGCUUGCCAAGGCCAACCCAGGCAAUCCAUUGCUUCAGUAUCGUGGUAACCCGGGCACGAUGGAUGUGCCACUCCUGAUGGACUUGGUUCAUGAAUGCAAGACUUCAAUGGGAGAGAUCGCUCUGCCACGCUACGACAAGUCGCAACAUAAUGGCCGUGGCAACCGUGCUCCUGUAUCUGAGUGGGACCGCAAGCAAGGCCCGCUGGAUGUGUUGUUAAUUGAGGGGUGGUGCAUGGGCUUUCAAGCGAUCGACGAUGACAGUCCCGAGCUCAGUGAGCACAUGAAGACCGUGAACAGGGAGCUUCGUGCUUUCGACAAGGUAUACGAGGAGCUGGAUGGCCUGGUGGUGAUCAAGAUCAACAACCUAGACUGGGUUUACGAGUGGCGCGAGCAGCCAGAGCAGCUCCUGCGUGAAUCCAAGAAGCCUGCCAUGACCCCUGAUGAGGUGCGCGACUUCGUGGAUCGCUUUAUGCCUGCGUACAAGACGUAUCUCAAGGGGCUGUAUGCCGACCCAAAGGAAUCGACUUCGCCCUUGGCUAAUGUACCACGCCUUAUUUUCUCCAUCACUUCGACUCGUGAACCAGCGGGUAAGCCCAUGGAGUUCAACUUCGAAUCCAAAGCGCUAGAGGAUUAG